AUGAGGCCGAUUCUGAUGAAAGGGCAUGAGAGGCCCUUAACUUUCCUCAAAUACAACAGGGACGGAGACCUCCUUUUCUCCUGCGCGAAGGACCAUAACCCGACGGUCUGGUUCGCCGACAAUGGGGAGCGCCUCGGCACCUACCGUGGGCACAACGGUGCCGUUUGGUGCUGCGAUGUUUCCAGAGACUCCGCGCGCCUCAUCACCGGCAGCGCCGAUCAGACCGCCAAGCUGUGGAACGUUCAGACCGGUCAGCAGCUAUUCACCUUUAAUUUUGACUCUCCGGCGAGGGCGGUUGAUUUCUCAGUCGGCGAUAGGCUCGCAGUCAUAACCACAGACCCCUUCAUGGAGCUCUCUUCUGCGAUUCACGUCAAGCGCAUCGCCAACGACCCCGCAGAUCAGGUUGGUGAGUCGGCUCUGAUACUCAAGGGACCUCAGGGAAGAAUUAACAGGGCUGUUUGGGGGCCUUUGAACAGAACCAUCAUAAGCGCCGGAGAAGACGCUGUUAUUCGUAUUUGGGACUCGGAGACUGGCAAACUACUUAAGGAGAACGAUAAGGAAGUGGGUCACAAAAAGACGAUAACAUCACUUGCAAAAUCUGUUGAUGGUUCGCAUUUCCUCACUGGCUCGCUAGAUAAAUCUGCCAAGCUUUGGGAUAUUAGAACGUUGACGCUUAUCAAGACCUACGUGACGGAGCGUCCAGUCAAUGCCGUUGCAAUGUCUCCUCUUCUCGAUCAUGUGGUACUUGGUGGUGGUCAGGAUGCAUCAGCUGUCACCACAACUGAUCAUCGUGCUGGAAAAUUUGAAGCCAAAUUCUAUGACAAGGUUCUUCAAGAAGAGAUUGGAGGUGUUAAAGGGCAUUUUGGACCCAUAAAUGCUUUGGCUUUCAAUCCUGAUGGAAAAAGUUUCUCAAGUGGAGGUGAGGAUGGUUACGUACGUCUACAUCACUUUGACUCGGAUUACUUCAACAUCAAGAUUUAA